AACACCACCCCUUUCCGCCCCGUGACGUCGGAUGUGACGUAAGCAGGGUCCCUUCAGCUGAGGGAAUCUUGCCGCGACCUUUGGGGUACUGAAUGGUUUUUAACAGGUUAAAUCAUGGCAGCAGCGAUGGAAACAGAACAUCAAACUUCUGAGAUAUUCGGAAGUGUAGAUGCUGAAGACAUAGACACAGGAGAACCCCAGGAACUUGAACCCUUCUACGUAGAGAGGUAUUCCAGGACACUUCUUAGAUAUAUUCUUGGUGACAGCCAGAAGUUUCAUGAGUUCUUGAUGCCCAAGGCACCACAUGACUUUUAUUUUGUGAAGAAAAAUGAUCCCGAAGGACCUCAUUCAUACAGGCUGUACUUCCUAGCCCUGUCUCAUGAAACCAGAGAAAGCACAAUUUUCUAUUCAGAAAUUCCAAAAAAUAUUAAUAAGGAUGCUUUGCUUAUGCUUUCAUGGAAGCCAUUAUUGGAUUUCUAUCAGUCUCCUUCAGACUAUGGAAUGUAUUCCCGUGAGGAGGAAUUGUUAAGAGAAAGGAAAAGAAUUGGAACACUUGGUAUUACCUCCUAUGAUUAUCAUCAAGAAAGUGGAUUGUUUUUAUUUCAAGCCAGGAAUAAUGUUUAUUAUGUUAAAGAUGGAGGAACGCAUGGAUUUACUAAGCAGCCUUUAAAGCCCAACAUUCUGAGGACCUCAUGUCCAGGUGUACGAAUGGAUCCAAAAAUUUGUCCUGCAGAUCCCACCUAUGUUUCUUUUAUCCACAACAAUGACAUCUGGCUCUCCAAUAUUGAAGCAGGAGAGGAAAGGAGACUCACAUUUGUACAUGAAGGACUGCCUAAUACAGAAAACAGUCCAAAAUCUGCUGGAAUAGCUACAUAUGUUUUACAGGAGGAAUUUAACCGUUACACAGGCUAUUGGUGGUGUCCAGAAGCUGAACAGACAAGUGCACAUGGAGAGAGGAUUCUUAGAAUUCUGUAUGAAGAGAAUGACGAAUCUAAUGUAGAAGUUAUACAUGUGGCAUCUCCUUUCUUAGAAAAAAGAAAAACAGAAUGUUUUAGAUACCCUUGUGCAGGUACUUCAAAUCCAAAAACAACAUUGAAAAUGUCUGAAGUAAGACUUGAUACUGAAGGAAAGUUUGUGAACGCUGUAAACAAGAAACUUGUGCAGCAGUUUGAAAUCCUUUUUCCAGGCACUGAAUACAUUGCACGAGCAGGAUGGACACGCGAAGGAAAAUAUGCUUGGGCUAUUCUGUUGGAUCGUUCUCAAACUCGACUUCAGAUUGUGCUUAUACCUCCAGCACUUUUCAUCCCAGUUGCUGAUACAGAAGAACAAAAGGAUUUGAUAGUAUCAGUGCCUGACUCAGUGACACCUCUGAUUAUUUAUGAGGAAACAACAGACGUAUGGAUCAAUAUCCAUGAUAUCCUUCACUUUUUUCCACAAACAAAUGAACAUGUUAUUCAGUUUAUUUUUGCCACUGAAUGUAAAACUGGAUUUCGACACCUGUACAAAAUUACUUCAUCUUUACAGGCAAGCAAGUACAACUGGUCUAUUGGAGGUCUUCCAUCUUCAGAUGAUUUUAAGUGCCCUGUUAAAGAAGAACUGGCCGUCACCAGUGGAGAAUGGGAGGUGCUUGGAAGACACGGAUCAAAUAUAUGGGUAGAUGAAGCUAAAAGGCUUGUGUAUUUUCAAGGAACUAAAGAUACACCUUUAGAACAUCAUUUAUAUGUGACAAGCUAUGAGCACCCAGGGGAGAUCACACGGUUAACAGAUCUUGGCUACUCAAAUACAUGUAGGGUUAGUCAGUACUUUGAUAUGUUUGUCAGCAAAUAUAGUAACCAGGAGUCUCCACCAUGCAUUGGUGUCUUCAGAGUGAAUGAUCCGGACGGUGCUGCAACAGACAGUUUGAAACAAUUCUGGGCUUCUCUUGUAGAAUCACCAGGAUGUCUUCCAGAUUAUAUUCCACCUGAGAUAUUUUCCUUUGAAAGCAAAUCUGGAUUUACAUUAUAUGGAAUGAUUUAUAAACCUCAUAAUCUUCAACCUGGAAAGAAGUACCCAACUGUACUAUAUGUGUAUGGUGGUCCACAGGUACAGCUUGUGAAUAACCAUUUUAAAGGGGUAAAGCACUCCCGUCUGAACACAUUGGCUUCCUUGGGCUACGUGGUAGUGGUGAUUGACAACAGAGGCUCCUGCCACAGAGGUCUUAAAUUUGAAGGUGCCUUCAAAUACCGGAUGGGCCAAGUAGAAAUUGCCGAUCAGGUUGAGGGUCUGCAGUAUAUAGCAUCAAAAUGUAAAUUCAUUGACAUGGAACGAGUCGGAAUUCAUGGAUGGUCUUAUGGAGGCUACUUGUCUCUCAUUGGUCUAAUACUUCAUCCUGAAAUCUUUAAGGUUGCUGUAGCUGGAGCUCCUGUAACUAUGUGGACUUUGUACGACACUGGAUACACAGAGCGUUAUAUGGGACAACCUGAUCAGAAUGAACAAGGAUAUCAUCUUGGAUCAUUAGCUAUGCAAGUUCAUAAAUUCCCUCUGGAGCCUUAUCGUCUGCUGCUCCUCCAUGGAUUCCUAGAUGAAAAUGUUCACUUUGCUCAUACUAAUAUUCUUGUAAGUCUUCUCAUCAGAAGUGGAAGGCCGUACGACCUGCAGAUUUAUCCUCAAGAGAGACACAGUUUAAGAGUUCCUGAAUCUGGAGAGCACUAUGAACUACAUCUGCUGUUCUACUUACAAGAAAACCUAGGAUCCAAACUUGCUGCAGAAAAGGCACUACAAUAGCUCUUUACUUGACGGCUACAUAAUUGGACUAUGAUACAUGUCUUUUGGAGUUUAUUCCAUGCCAGUCUCACUUAGCACCUGACACAAAUACUGUGAAUGUUUAUUGGAAACUAUGCCAUACAGAAACAUUUCAGAUUAAGAGUAUGCUGCAGUGACACUGAAUAAUUUUAAUAAAAAUCAGGACUGCUUUUUCCUAUGAUGGCAAAAGCUUAGUUACAAUGUUUACUUAAAACAUUUUUGGGUCAUGCAAAAUGCACAUUUUGUGCACUGUUAGCAAAUCUUUAAUUAGGUUUCUAUAGAAUACUUCUAGAUCAACUGACUUGCAUUGCAAUUAGAGAUAUUAUAUUAUUAAAAGGAACAUUUGUGAGACAUAUAUAAAAUGUUGAAAGUUGUUGAAAAUAAAUUAAGAUAUUUCUUA